UAUAAUCUGAGCUGAUUAGGAAACAGGAAAACAAAUCUCCAGAGCCUCUGCAAGCUCUCCAGGGAGCAAGACGUUCUUUGUACGGAGAGGAGAGGCCAAGGACCAGAAAAACAAAACAAAAGAGGACCAGAGUUACUUAGAAAGUUAAGGCCUACAUUAGUUGGCUACAUUACAGAUAACAGUCCAUGACACUAUAGUGAAGUGGAUUUCAAUUUAUUUUUAGGAGCGGUCCCCACCGGCAGGCAAAUUAAUCUGGACACGUAGGACAGCUAACUGCAGGCUUUUGUUAUUUCAGCUUCUUCUCUAGACAUUCAACACUCUCUGGCUUCUGUCUGGAUUGCAAGCCAGGAUGCCCUCCAAUGACAGUAAAGCCCUAAAGCUACAGUUUGGACUUAUUAAUCACGAAAACCGUUAUCUAACUGCGGAGGUCUUUGGCUUCAAGGUGAAUGCUUCAGCUCUGAGUCUCAAGAAGAAGCAGAUCUGGACUUUGGAGCAAGAUGAGCAGGAUGGUCAGGUGGUUUACCUGCGCAGUCAUCUGGGUCGCUACUUGGCUUCCGACAAAGAUGGCAAGGUGAGCUGUGAGGCUGAGAUUAAAGAGAAUGACUGUCGCUUUCUAAUUGUGGCACAGUCAGAUGGUCGUUGGGCCCUGCAGUCUGAGCCACAUCUCCGCUUUUUUGGAGGUUCAGAGGACUACCUCUCCUGCUUUUCUCAGACCAUUAGUGAGGCAGAACUAUGGGCCAUGCAUCUUGCCCUGCAUCCACAGGCCAAUCUGCUCAGUGUAGCCCGCAAACGCUACGCCCACCUGGCAUCCCCUGAGGGAGAGAUUGCUGUGGACAGCAACAUCCCAUGGGGUGUUGAUUCUCUUCUAACUCUUGUGUACAUGGAUGGCAAAUAUUGUCUUAAGACCAGUGACAGUCGUUUCUUGAGCAAUGAUGGGAAGCUGUCCUACGAGAAUGCCCGUGGGACGGGUUACACCUUGGAACUGAAGUCAGGCAAGUUGGCCUUCAAGGACUGUGAGGGGAAGUAUCUGGCCCCAAUGGGGCCCACUGGAACCUUGCGUUCCGGACGCUGCUCCAAACCCGGGAAGGAUGAGCUGUUUGAUCUUGAGGAGAGCCAUCCACAAGUGGUGUUUCAGGCCGCCAACAACAGAUUUGUCUCCAUCCGACAGGGUGUGAGUGUCUCAGCCAAUCAGGACGAUGAGACAGACUUGGAGACGUUUCAAAUGGAAAUUGAUAAAGACGCCAGAAAGUGUAAAUUCAGAACUAAUGAAGGGAAUUACUGGACGCUUGUUGCUCAUGGAGGCAUUCAGUCAACAGCCACAGAAGCCUGUGCCAACACCAUGUUUGACAUAGUGUGGCUUGGUCGGCGGGUGGCAUUGCGAGCCAGCAAUGGAAAAUACGUAUGCACCAAGAAAAAUGGCCAGCUUGCUGCAGUCAGUGACUCUGUGGGUGAGGAUGAGCAACUGGUUCUGAAACUGAUCAAUCGACCCAUUCUGAUCCUGAGAGGAGAGAAUGGCUAUGUAUGUCACCACAAGAACUCUAAUACACUGGAUGCCAACCGUUCAGUUUAUGACAUAUUUACGCUCUAUUUCAGUGAUGGUGCAUACCAUAUUAAAGGUGCUGGUGGCAAGUUUUGGUAUGUGUCCACCAGUGGAUUGGUGUGCUCUGAUGGUGACACACCUGAAGAUUUCUGCUUUGAAUUCCUGGAGCAUGGACGGAUAGCUUUAAGGGGCAAAAAUGGCAAAUAUCUGAGAGGAGACCAAGGAGGCAACCUGAAAGGAGAUGGAGAAAAUGCAGACAGCUCGUCCCUCUGGGAAUACUGACAACUUUUGGACAUUUAAGGAACUGUCAUUCACCUGUGUUAAACUCUUGGAUUUACAGCCGUGAGGCAUCAAAUUUGUACAAUUGAGUUUGAACGUUUGGACAUCUCUGUUUUCCAUCAGUCAUUUGAUAUAGAGUCAGUACUCACCAUUACACAUGUACUCUUACCAUAUCAGGAUUAUUUGCUUAUACAAAAUGAGCUUGUAGAAAAAGAAUGCACACAAAUGACAAGAACUGAAUCUUUACCAUAUCGGCUCACUGUCACUCACUAAAUAAACUGCAGCUGUGCUGCAAAACAAGUGUGUGGCAUAGCUAUAGACCUUUUUUUUUUUUUCGUUUUUUUUUUUUUCACAUAAUCUGUUGACAUAUUUCUGCUUUAAUUGAGCAGUUUAAAUAAAGCAAACUAUUUUCCCUCUCUCUUAAUGCACAUUUAAUGUAUGUUCAUAUAACUGUACAUUUUGUUUAAUUACCUUGGCAGUAAUUAAAAAUAAUUCAGCAAACUAGUCAACACUUCUGCAGCUGAGUUUCAAAUACAGCUGCUCAGGUAGUGACAGUAAAUUUGGCACCUUUAAUCUCUUCUGAAAAAGGUAACGCUGCAAAAAAAAAAUCCCAUUUAAUUCUCAAAUCUACCUGCCAUUUACCCUGCUAUAGUUAUAUAUCCGUGCUCCAAACCUAAAAAAUGUGAGAGUCCAUAAUCUAAAGCAACAAUAAAAGUGGGUGAGUAAUACGAAUAUUAAAAUAUUUUGAAUAAUUAAAAUAGGCUAUAAGUGGCAAAUCUAUAACAUCUCUGUUAAUUUUGGAACCACAAUUUUUGCAUUUUUUUUUUAACCUAAAUAACUCUUUUUGUCUUUCAUAUAUGUUGUUGUUUGUUACAUUCCUCAUUGUCUUGCCAGUUCCAGUGAAUCUUAUUUUAUGAGAAUUGUUUCUUUAAGCUUUCUAGAAAUUAACUGACAGAGAAGCCAAACAAUGACCGAAAC